AACUAUGCUGUCAUCACAACUGUGUACUUAUUAAAAUAUAUUAAUAUUUUAAUAAAUAAAAGUACUUAUUAAAAUAUAGGACACAUGGUUGAACAUGAAAAAUACAUGUAGGUUAAUGGUAUAAUUAAGUACGAUGUGUUGCAUUAAAAAUAUGCCACAGCACUCUCCCAGAAGCUUUGACAGUUAUCCUCUCAGGAUCAUGAUUUGCUAUUCUUACUGAAAAACACUUUUUUUUUUUUUUUGCAAGCCAGUAGGUUAAUUUUGGAAUAUGUGCACUUUUCUUUUUUUAGUUAUACAACAUUUUAUUUAAAAACAGUUCAUAGAAUACAUUUUCACAUUAGGGAUUCCCAUAGUGGGAAAAUAACUAUUACUUAUAGUUUUAUAUUCAUGGACAGAUUGGUUCAGAACAAGUAAAACACAUUUGAGAAUUGAGUGUCAGUUUAGAAUUUAUAAUAUUUUGAUAUGUCUACAAGAGGAACCUUGCUCUUAAAUGGAACUUCUCUAUAUUCAGAAGUACUCCAAGCUUUUCUUCCUAAGAUUUAGAAAUUCAUAAUGUGAGAUACAGCAUUUCCUAAUUUUAAAAUUUCUCUGGUAUAUGUAACCAUCAAUAGGUGGUAUCUACUGAAUAGAGAGGGAAGUUUUCAAAAACUAAACACUGUCUAAUUUUCUGCACAGUUUUUAUUCAUGAAUUAACAGUAUUUCCCUUUGUCCAUUAUUCACAAGGCAAAUGUAGAAGUUUGAUCAUAUAUUGAUAGUAAUAAAGCUGGAUUCUCUUUAAGAGAUUGAUAAAAGGCAAAAGCUCAUAUAUCAUGUUUAGUUAUACUGUGACUCUUAAGAGAAGCUGGGAGGCAACCCCAUUAACUCACCAGAAUACAAAACUCAGUCUCACAAUUUCUUAGUCAUAAUUCUUCUCAAAUCUUUUCCUCAAAUAUUAAAUUUGGAAAAUAAUCUUGUGAUUAAGAGAAGAAGGCUGUCCACCAAUGGACUUACCUGUUAUUUCUUCCUUAUUCUGAGUUGAAUGGCAUGACAAAGCAGAGACAAAGAGGUAUACAUCAAUUCUUCAAAGUAUGAAGUCAGAAUGGUCAGCGCUUCCACAGCAUGGCAACAGCUUUGCAGAUGCCCACAUCGUGAUAGUUGAAAUAGCAAAGCCCAGCAAAGGUUAAAACUGAAAGUGCCAAAAGCUCUACCUUGGCAGCUUUCUGCAAGGCAUCCCCGUGAACAUGGUCAUUAACAACUUGUCCAAGGCCCCAGUAACUAUGAAGAGUGAGAGCUGCAACCAGGAGUAGUACGUCACAGAGCCAAGGAUUCAAAUAAGCAGCUAGAAGCAGGCCCAGGAGCAAAACACUGACAACCCUCUCCCUAGUCCAGUGGAGAGAUGCAACCUGGGAACCAGAAUGGUGGCUCGGUGACAAGCAAAUGUGCUGCACUCCACACCAUUCUGGGGUAGGUCAGUUCUGAAGUAAUGCUGAGAUAUGAGCAGGUCUGACCACUGGGGUUCACAGCAACAGAGCUCAGCCUCCUUGGGCACCGCGAAGGCAUCAUCUCAUUCUUGAUAGCUCAGGGUCAUCCACCAACCCCCACUUUCUGUUUUAGUUAUAGUCAGUUAAAACAUAAACCCACUUUUGAAACCUUAACUGCAUGUUUUAUGAAACCUGUAUUAUAUAAAACUGUUUAUCUGGGGAAAGAACCAAAAUCAAAGAAGAGUUUACAUAGCUGUCUGUUGAAAAAUGAAAUUUGUCAGAAUAGUAGAGGGAAACAUUUCAGAUAUAAUGAACGGGGUGUAUAUGGAUGCAGAUAUAAGCAGUAACAGUCAUAUUGGAAGUUAUUCAUAAUGAGAAGCAGCAGGCUUAGUGUGUUAUUAAAAAGGUAAUGUUAGGAAGUAAAGAACAACAUAUAGUGUUAGUUUAUCUGUUAAUCAUAUAGUGUUAGUUUAUCUGUUAAUACUGGAUUUUCACAUUUUGUUUUUCUGAUAGUUUCAUUCAUUUAUAUUGGGUGGAUUAAUUUGUGAGCAAAUCUUUGAGGUGUUGGUCUAUGGCUUGAAUCUGGUGACAUCUGGUGUCUUGCCAAGUAGUUUGUUGAAGUUUUGGAGAACUAGAAGUAAUUCUUAAGAAGUAGAUAUAUCACUAAAGAUUAAGCUUCAUUAAAAUUCUCAAUUUAUAAAAGAAAAAUAUAUGUUAUUUUCAUUUUUAUAAAGACUAAAGUUUUUAUCUAAUUGUUCUAAGUAGUUCAUUUUAACUAAAUAUAUGGAUUUGUGAGCAGAACAAGACUUAGAAAUGACAUCAGAGGGAGAGCAAGAGAGCCUUGAAGGAUGUGAAAGUAGCCAGCCACAGGUUGAAGAAAAAAUGAAGAAAUGCAGAAAUAAGAAAAUGGAAGUUUCAAGAAACGUACAUGCUGAUGACAGUGACAAUUAUAAUGAUGAUGUUGAUGAAUUAACUCAUAAAAUAAAGAACAGAAAACCUGAUAAUCAUCAGUUACCCAGGAAGGAGAAUGACAAGUUUGAUAGGCUUGCAAGGAAAACCUCUAAUGAAAAGAACAAGGUUAAAAGCCAAAUAUAUUUCAGGGAUGACCUUAAUGACGUAACUGGGUCAUCUAAAAAAACCUCAGAGGAUGAUGACUUGCCUUACUCUGAUGAUAAGAAUUUUAUGUUACGCAUUGAACAACAUGGAAUGGAGUGUAAAGGUAGGACCAAUGCAUAAAUAUA